UUGUUAUUAGGGGUGUACCUCUACCGUACAGUGUCUUCCCCGCGUCUUGAAAAAUAACGCACCUGUCUUUCUUCUAAUAUAUGCAACUCUUUUGCACCUCAAAAUUUUCCCUCUCUUCUAUUGUCGAAUUGGGUAUUGAAGGUUGAAGCUCCUUUUUCUCCCUAUUCUGUUCCUAGGGUUUUAGUUGGAAAAUUGAACCGUUCCCUCGUUCGUUUUCGAUAAAUUGGCUUCACAAGGCACUAGGGUUUCGGUUCUAUAAUUUCCAUUGAAGGGAAAUAGUUGAACAUGAAUAGCGUAUUCAAGGAGGAGAUUCUUGCUGACAAGCUCUCCAAGCUUAAUAGAACCCAGCAGUGCAUUGAAACUUUAUCACAUUGGUGUAUAUUUCACCGGAGCAAAGCAGAACAAGUUGUUGCAACAUGGAAAAAGCAAUUUGACAAAUCAGAGAUGCUUCACAGAAUCUCCCUUUUGUUUCUUGCAAAUGACAUCAUGCAGAACAGUAAGCGGAAAGGAAAUGAGUUUGUGGUCGAAUUCUGGAAGAUUAUUCCUUCAGCAAUUAAAGAUGUUGUUGCAAAAAAUGAUGAUCAAGGAAAUGCUGCAGUAGCUAGACUGAUUAGAGUAUGGGAGGAAAGGAAGGUGUUUGGAUCUCAAAUGCCGAACCUGAAGGAUUUAAUGCUUGGAGAGGAUGCUCCUCCUUCUUUGGAAUUCAGCAAAAAGCGAUCACGUUCUUCUGUUACGAUUACGAAAAGGGAUUCUCGUUCUAUAAAAUCGAAAUUGUCCAUAGGAGGAACACCGGAAAAAAUAGUGUCUGCAUUUCAUUUGGUGCUCAGUGAGCAAUCCAAUGAAGAUGCAGAGAUGAGUAAAUGCAAGUCUGCUGUUCAGCGUGUGAGGAAGAUAGAAAAAGAUGUUGAUAUUGCAUGUACCAUUGCUAAGGAUCCUAAGCGAAAAACUUUGAUGAAGGAGCUAGAGGAGCAACAAAAUCUAUUGAAACAUUGCAUAGAAAAACUUAAAUUAGUUGAAGCAAGCAGAGUAGCCCUAGUAUCUCAGUUAAAAGAAGCUUUGCAUGAGCAGGAAUCUGAACUGGAGAACGUUCGUACGCAGAUGCAGGUUGCACAAGCACAAGUACAAGAGGCUAGCAACAUGCAAAGGCGACUUGAUAAUGAAGAUUAUUCCCAGUAUGCAACUUCAAAAUCAGAAGCAGCAACUAAAAAGUCAGCUGCAGCAAUUGCUGCUGAAGUUGCCGAUAAGCUUACAGCUUCAUCAUCAUCUCAAUUGAUCAUGAGUUCUGUUCUCUCAACAUUUGCUGCAGAAGAGGCAAAGAAUGCUUGUCUAACGUCUGAGUCCACCACAUCAAAACCCAAUAUAUCAAUGCCAAAUUCAGAUACUCAUGUCUAUAUGUCGGCGCAACAGUUGACUGCUGUACCAAACCAUUCAUAUCCUUCAGUUUUGGUUACUCAACCAACCCUACACAAUGUAACUCAACCGUCCCUACACAAUGUUACUCAACCAAUCAUCCACAACGUAACUCAACCAAUCUUACACAAUGUAGCCCCUACAUUGCAAGGUCAGUAUCACCUACAUAGCAAUCCAUCACCACAGCAGUAUGUGCAGUCAACAGGAGGGGUCAUCUCUCCAUAUGGUUAUGGUAGCAUCCCACCAUUACAACCGGCACCACCCCCACCACCUUUCAAUAAUCAACCACUACAAAUAGCACAGCAACAACCGCUACCCAUAACGCAACAAGCUCCAGCACCUCCUAGUUUUCGGCCACUUCAGCCAUCAGGAAUGAUGUACUAUGUUAAUCAUUAACAUUCUUUACGCAGUAAACUGUAGUCGAUGCGACCUUUGUUGUAACGAGCGUAUUCUGGAGAUUUGGAAUAUCAUUUUUAUGCAAUGGUGUACUGGGAAUGGAGUUGGUAAAAGUAUGGAAACAAGACUACAAGUCACCCGGGAUGUGAAAGGAAAGUGGCCUGCUCAGAAUCUGAAUACGAAGUGGGUUGCCCGUAACACUCGUUUGAGAGUUAGAAGGAAAAGGGAGGGGAGGGCUUUGGAAGAUGUGUGUAUGUAGUGGGUGAGGGCUGUUGAGGACAAAUCGGAGGAAAAAGUGAGGACAAUUUUCACCUUGUUUGAUAGUGUUUAUGGAGAGGAGAGUGGAAGACUUAUUUUAUUUGUUCUGGGAGGAUUAUAAAAAUAGAGAAAGAAUUUGGAGAUAUUUUGAAAUCCUUCCAAAUUCUUAUUUUAUUUAUUGAGUUUCCUCGUAAUGGGGGUAUCUUAAUAACAAAAAUAAAUUCAUAUAAGGUGGGAGGUGAUCCUUUCUUCUCCAUAUUUCCCACCCCACUCGUUUUACCCUUA